AUGACUUUCAACGACGUAAGAGACCUCACAGAGCACCUGAAGCUCCUGGGCUAUCCAGACUUCUUCCCCAUGUCGGCCCUCUACACGCCCUACGGAAGUGCUUCGAGCUUCAAGAUUGUCGCCAGCGUGCUCAAUUGGUUGGCAGCAAGACUGGAACCAGGAACAAUUCUUCUUGGUGGAACAGAAACUGAAGCUGAAAGAGUUCUUCUCAUCCGAGCAGCUUCGGAAUUCUUUAUUACAAAGGCUGGGAUUAAAGUCAAUCCCAGGAAACUCUAUGCAAGUUCUGUGGCUUCAGCUAAGGAACUGCUCAAGAUUACCUCAGUUCUCAUCCACGCGCCGAAUGAUGUUAAAGCUCAGGAAGAUGAAGUGAAGAGUGCCAAUGAAAUUGACUUAUCAGACAAGAUUGAAGAUCUGCGACGAGUGCGAGAACUCUCGACUGAGCUGACGAACAGAGGAGCUUCGCUGUAUGAUCUGCUAGGCAAGGAGCCACUCAACAAGGAGACCAGAGAGCAUCAGGCCAAUCGCCCAAUGGAACUGUCCAGUGUUGAGCAUGCUUUGGUGUCCUCCUUCGCGAGUAUGCAGGGCAAAGUGCAGUCAGCAAAGUCCUAUUUGGAGCAAUCGCGCGAGGAAGUGACGAAUCUCAACUCUCGCCUGCAGCGGAAGCAACAGGAGCUGGACAGGAGCAGGCAGAGACUGCUGGCGCUGCAGAAAGUGCGCCCAUCUUAUCUGGAGGAAUUUGAGAAGCUCGAGGAGGAGUUGAAUGGACUGUUUGACAUCUACUUGACGCGCCAUCGCUCUGUUGAUGCGCUCAAGAAUUCCCUGGGCAACAGAGAUUCCAGCAUUGAGGCCGCUUUGGAGUCUCCUCAGCAGAGAAAUGCCGCGGAGAACUCAAUGACAGUUCUGCCCGAAGGACUGCUGGACAGUGAUGACGAGGAGGAGGACAACAUGAUGCGCCUGAAGGACGACGUGGCGAAGGGGAGAGACGAAACGGCCCGAAAGGAGCCGGAAAUUGUGGCCAGGAAGCAGUCAGCGAAUCGAUUGAGGAUCCGAACUGGCGCCAUGAAUCGCGGCGAAAGGAGAGUGAUUGGAGCGAUGGGCGGCACAACAGCCAGGGAGAAUCGCUUCGACAGUUCCCUAGGAUCCGAUGACACGGAUAGUGAACUGGACAUGCAGGAUUUCGAUGGCGACGAAAUCCCAUCAGACGAUGACGACAGCGACAGUCUGGCUAAUCUGGCGAGAGAAGGAGCCAAGAGUGUCCGUCAGGAUCAGAGCGAUGAAGACUUUUGA